AUGUCUUGGAAAGAUGCGGACGCUGGGCCCUGCCCGUCCUCACAGAAGAGGAUUAGGGGUCUGGCAUUACCACCUCCUAUUUCCGGCUCUGAAGUAUCUAAAUGGAUGGCUCCAGCGAAUGAGGAGACUGGCCGGGUACCGAGGCCGCAGCCGCUCCCUGCUUCCCCUCAUCCUUCAAGCGGUAUUCCCAGCGCCCCCGAUCGUGACGGGGACGCGGUAGAACCAGCCGACUCGAAUCCAGGCGAGAUCAGUGCCAACCCUAGUUCAGCCUCUUCAUCCCGCUCCCAGUUGGAGUCUCCCAACCUCGCGCCCAAAGAACGUCCAGUUUCAGGCAUAGUACCCCCGUACUGGAGCCAUCAUCGGAAUGCGUCUCGUGCAUCGCAGAUUUCCGCCGACGGAGGACCCGCGAUAACCCUCGAAGACCAUACUGAGGAUCCGAAUUCCGAGACUAGCCGUGGCUUGUGGGCUAAGAGUGUAACGAUUGAUGAUCAUGUUGUUGUUCAAGGAAAGUCCGGGGUAGGCGCGUACGUGGUAUGGAAUUGCAAGAUCCGAACGUUGGAGGGUGGGACGAUCACAGUUCGCAUGAGGUAUUCUUACGGCUCCGCCAUCAUAUCAACGCCCUCCCAACGCUACCCCCGAAGAGUGUUCUAUUCAAGUUUCGGCCAUCUUUCCUUGAAUCUCGCAAAGUUGGUCUAG